AUGCCAGGAGCAAUCAACUGGGAGCCACCAGCUUCACAGGCUAGUUCGAAUAUCAUGGGCAUGACGAUGCUGAAAAAGCGGAAGAGGGAUGCAGAUUCCAGACAGGAAAACACCGUGGUGCCUUCACCUUCGAUACAGUUGCCCUCAUGUCCUCAGUCAAGGGUAGAACAUUCUUCAAUCGGCCCUGUUUGCUCCCGAGCGGACCUGAUCUCACCAUCCAAACCACGCAUAAGACCCUUGACGUCACCUUUGAAGAAAAGACGACUAGAACAGAAGACCGUGCAGUCCAAGCCCUCACAGCCUGUUAUACUGUACCCUCGAACGGCACAGACAGAUGGGAAUCCUCAAUACGCUCAAAUCAAUUCCCAGUACUUUCCUACGAAUGCUACGUCGGACGAUUAUAUUAUGAAGAACGCAGGCGAUUCCCCUAGAGAUGUUCAUGGAUAUUAUAUACCCGAAGGUGAACAUGAUAGAUCAAUGCCGGAGCUUCGUCAACAGACUGGUUCUACACCGAAAAGAGCAGCUACAGGGGAUAAACAGACGCUUGCGCCAUGCCACAUUUGUCAUCGACGCCCUACGACACGGACGGCGCUGGACGCCUACGCGGAUUGCGAAAUAUGCAGCAGGAGAGCAUGUUUUGUCUGCUUAAGAGAGUGUGACGAUGUUUACUGUCGAGAACGAGAGAAUCAUACAGACGGUGAAAGUUGCAAGAAGAAUAUUGAACAGGGGGAAUAUCCUGGCCGGAGGAUAUGCUCCUCUUGUGCAGUGGAGGACAUCCUUGAGACCGGCGAAGAAGUUGUUCGCUGCCUCAUUUGCGUUGAGCAUGGAUAG